AUGUCCAAGAUCGAGAAAAUGUCCAUCUUGGGCGUGCGCUCCUUUGGGCCACGCCACCCAGAGGCCAUUGCCUUCAACACCCCACUAACCCUCAUCGUCGGCUACAAUGGCUCAGGCAAGACCACCAUCAUCGAAUGUCUCAAAUACGCUACUACUGGCGAGCUUCCGCCCAACAGCAAGGUGGGCGGGGCUUUCAUCCACGACCCUAACCUCGAUGUACAGGCACAAAUCAAGCUUUCUUUCCGCUCCACUCUUGGUGAAUCCUUCGUCCUGAAGGCCAAAAGAACCCAAAAUGCCCUCGAAGGAAGUCUCCUAUUGCGGGCCAAUGGCAAUCGCCAAGUAAUAUCUACCAAACUCGACAAGCUCGUUCCCGAGAAGCUGGGCGUCUCACCAGCUGUGCUAGACGCGGACGAGUCCCUCUGGCCCAUGGCCCCCCCGGCUGAGCUGAAAAAGAGGUUCGACGAAAUCUUCGAAGCCCAAAAGUACGCUAAAGUUAUCGACAACCUCAAGCAUCUUCGAAAGCAAAAGGGUGAAGAGCUUCGAAUCCUCAAGGUGCAAGAGGCCCAAGAUAAGGAGAACAAGGAGAGGUUGGACAAGGUCGACAGGGAGCUAAAUAAGCUCACUCGCGAGAUUCAAGAGGCUCGCGACAAGUACGACGAGCUGCUAGAACAAAUCAAGGAUGAGGAUGUUCGAAUCAAGCAAAAAUGGGAGCAGGCCAACAGUUUCCUCAGGAUCGUCAACGAGCUGCAGACCAAACAGGAGAAACUAGAGUACAAGAAAGAUGCCAUCGCAGAGCUGCGGGAACGUAUCGAGGAGAGCACAGAGUCUGACGAAUAUCUUCGAGACGUUCUCAACCAAUACGGACAGACUGUUGAGCGAAUGAACAGCGACCGAGAUCAGAAGGUGGCCCAAUUCGGCACCCUGCAGACCGAGCUCAAGACCGCCCGAGCCAAGCAUACCGCUAAGGCUGAGGAGCAAGGAAAGCAUCAGUCUGACAAGGACAAAUAUGACCGCCAACUCGUUUCGCAACGUCAGAUGAUCCAAGAAGCAGCUGAAAAGCACGAGAUCCGCGGCUACGACGGUGACUUGGAUGACCAGGAGAUAAAUGCAUUCUACGAACGCAUCCAGAAAAUGCUCCAAGACACGAAACGGGAUCUGGAACGUCUUCAACGCGACAACGCCGCCGAACUGGACGCAAAAUCCGCCAUUAUCACGGAACUAGAGAGCCGCAAGGCGUCCCGCAUUCGAGACCGGAAGACCUCAUCCCAGCGAGUCGCGACACUUCAAAGAGAUAUUACCAAACUUCAAGGGGAACUGAACAAUCUCGAUGUUGAUGAAGGCGCGGAGGCAGUGCUACGGACCGAAAUGGAGGGAUUAGAGUCCAAAAUCAAGGCAGCCAAGGCUGACAACAAAGUGGCAGAACUUGAUUCACAGAUCACGGAGCUGAACAACGAGGUCUUGACUCUAGAAGCUCAAGGUGCCAAGCUAAGUCGGGAAUUGGUCGAAUACACCAAUUUAGCAUCCGAACGUGCACAACUUGAACUUCGUAAGAAGCAGCUUACGGAACGGAAGCGAGAACUAGACAUUCUGAAGAACACGUUCAAUCAGCAGUUGACCGAUGUUGUCGGAAGGGACUGGACACCGGAAACCAUCGAGUCAGACUUUCAGAAAGCCCUCCGACGGCUGAGCGACCGACUCUCUGAGCUUAGAAAGGCGAAGGAUUCAACACAGCAAGAACUGAAGCAGGUUGAGUACAAGCUUACCACUGCUCGUGAGAAGCAGACCAAGUCCGUAAAAGAAAGGGAUAACUGCAAGAAAGACGUUCUCGAAGCUCUGAUCAAGGUGCAGCGCCCUGAUGAUAUGCCGGCGACGGUGUCGGUAGACGAUUACACAGAGACAGUUGAAUGGACCGAGAAAGAGUUGAAGGAAAUCGACACGGACCUGGAACUGGCUGGCGGAUGGGCGAAGUAUUUCACACGAGCGAAGACUAAAGCAGAGAAAAAGCAUAUAUGCCUACUCUGUGAGCGUUCUGUGGAAGGCGACAAGGAAGCCAAGGCAAAAUUGAUGGAAAAUAUCGAAGCCAAGCUUAACCUCCAAAACAAAGACAAGCUGCUUGAAGAUCAAGCCAGGUACAGACGUUACCUUGGGACGCUGAGAAGUUACGAGACAUAUGGACGGUUGUGUAAGGAGCUGCCGUCCAUGGCCGAAGAAAUCACUGCCCUAACGUCUCAGAAGGAAAAGCUGGACCAGGAUGGCACCUUCAAAGUUGCCGAAGAGGAGCGGAAUGCGGCGGAUGUGCUGAGUAAGAGCGCUGUCAAGGAUAUUGCGGAUUCUGAGAGACACAUCGAGAGAUCCCAGCAGAAUUCGAGCAUUCAAGUGCGCAGCGCUGACGAGAUCAACGAUGACCAAACAACCUGUGCAGAACAGUUGAGAGUUGCCCAAGCCAAGCUGACCAAGUUAACCACCGAACGGCAACGGUUGAAGGACCUGGCCGCUCGGCUCGAGGUUGAGAGAUUGGAGUUGAAGCACAAAAUUACUGAGGCCGUCCAGAAACUAGAGCACAAGAAGCGUCUCCAGGACACGAUUAAGAAUCACAAGGAGGAGCAGAGCCAACUUCGCAAGAACAUGCAAGACAUCGACAAGGAGGUCGAGGGCAUUGACCCAGAAAUUGCCAGCGCAAGGGCAGCGCUCGAGGAAUCUCGGAAGCAGGGCCGAGCCAGAGAGCAGAGGAUCGCAGAGGAGCGUGAUGGGAUCGCCACUACGAUGAUCAACCGCGAAAUCCAGGAUUAUCUCGACCGAGGAGGUCCUGCCAACCUUGCCUCCAACCAGCGGGCCAUUGCCAGCUUGGAGAGCACAAUCGCAACCCUCGAAAGAGACAUGAAAGACCUCACCAUCCAGAUCAACAAGCUGAACAAGGAGAUCGACAACAGCGACGCCAAGAGGCGCAACAUCGCCGACAACCUCACCUACCGCAAGAACCUCCGCGAGCGCGAUGCUCUCGAGGAAGAAAUCGAAGAGCUCGAGUCCCGCAACGCACAAGAGGACUACGACCGUCUCGUCAAGGAGGCGCACAAGCUCGAAUUCCGGCGCGGCGAGCUCAACGCCGAAAGCGAGCGGCUCAUGGGCUCCAUGUCGACCAAGGACGAGCAGUUUGCCCGGCUCGAAGAGGAGUACGAGAUCGAGCUCAAAGGAGCGCGCGCGAGGUACAAGGAGAGCCACAUCAAGGUCGAAACCACCAAGGCGGCCAUCGAGGAUCUCGCGCGCGGCACCAUGGCGCUCGACCACGCCAUCAUGCAGUACCACUCGCUCAAGAUGGAGGAGAUCAACCGGACCAUCGGCGAGCUGUGGCAGAGCACGUACCAAGGGACCGACAUCGACACGAUCCAGAUCCGGUCCGACAUGGAGUCGACGGCUUCGGGCGCCGCCAACACGCGCCGUGUUUUCAACUAUCGCGUGUACAUGAUCAAGGGCGACACGGAGAUGGACAUGCGCGGCCGCUGCAGCGCGGGCCAAAAGGUGCUGGCCUGCAUCAUCAUUCGCCUUGCCCUGGCCGAGUCGUUCGGCGCUAAUUGUGGCUUGAUCGCGCUCGACGAGCCGACGACGAACUUGGAUAGUGACAACAUCCGCAGUCUGGCGGAGAGUCUGCAUGCUAUCAUCAAGGCGAGACGGUCGCAGAAUAAUCUGCAGCUGGUCGUGAUCACGCACGACGAGGAGUUCUUGAAGCAUAUGCAGUGUAGCGAUUUCUGUGAUGACUUCUUUAGGGUGAAGAGGGAUGAGAAUCAGAAUAGUGUCAUUACGAGGGAGAACAUUACGAGGAUUUCGGAGUAA